ACCAAACCCUAGACCCGUCUCUUUCUUCUCAUUCCCAAGAACAACCUUCACCCUCCCCUUCCUACCAAACCCCUCCCCCCGCAAAUUAAUUAAUCCCCCCCCCCCCCUUUUUUUUUUCUCCCCUCUGCUGUAGCCGCGUCGUGCAACUUAAUUUGGUUUCGGAUAAUUAAUUCACAUCCACAUCGCGCGCGUGCGUGCGUGCCUGCGCCAUGAUCAUGAGCAGUACAGCAAACCACGGCAGCAGCAGCAGCAGCAGUGGUGCCACCAAUACGACUGCUGGGAGUGGCAGCAGCAACGGCAGCGGCGGAGGGAGCAGCAGCGGUGGAGGCGGAGGAGGAGGAGGAGGACCGUGCGGGGCAUGCAAGUUUCUGAGGAGGAAGUGCGUGGCGGGGUGCAUCUUUGCACCCUACUUCGAUUCCGAGCAAGGGGCGGCCCAUUUCGCGGCGGUGCACAAGGUGUUCGGCGCCAGCAACGUGUCGAAGCUGCUGCUGCAUAUUCCGGUGCACAAGCGCCUGGACGCCAUCGUCACCAUCUGCUACGAGGCUCAGGCUCGCCUUCGAGACCCCGUUUAUGGCUGCGUUUCUCACAUCUUCGCUCUCCAACACCAGGUUGUGAAUUUGCAAACGGAGCUUUCCUAUCUGCAAGCCCACCUGUCAACAUUGGAGCUCCCAUCUCCGCCGCCGCCACCACCUCCAACACCUUCGAGCAUAGUGCCACCACCUCCUCUCUCCAUAGCAGACCUACCCCCUCCAGCUGCCUCCAUGCCCGCCUCCUACGACUUAUCCUCUCUUUUUGAUCCAUUGGUGCAACCUGCAUGGGCCAUGCAGCAGCAGCAGCUGCACCGCCAAAUGGAUCCAGGUCCAUUCAGAGCCACCAGAAAUCCGGCGGAGACUGCCGGAAGAGCGGGCGAUCUUCAAGAAUUAGCAAGAGAACUCGUCCACGGACAUGGCACUCCAGCGGCGGCGAUGCAGCCCACUGAAACAUCGUCUUCGCCGCACUUCUCAAAUUGAUGAGACACACCUCUGUGGACUGGAGAAUAGAGAGUGAAUCUAUCUGCAGUGAUCAGAUAGAUUUAGUGGAAUUCAAUUUUCUUUUUAAUUUCAGGGAGCCAUCCAGUAAUUAAUUAAGUUGAUGAAUAACCAAUCUUUAUUUUAUUUUAUUACUACCUUUUUUUCUCUA